UAUAUAAACUUGUUAUUGAGGUUACAUCAUUUAAACAAAUGCACUUGUUUAUAAAAAAAAAUAUUUUUACUUCUAAAACAUCUUUUUGUGAAAUAUUUACAUUUUAUUCAUUCAUUACUGAACAAAGUUAAAAUGAAGCGUGUAAAAUCAGAAUCUCUUGAUCCGUUCAAUACUCAAAUUUUGCAUACUGAUGCGAAACGCUCCAAAUUAAGUAGUCAAAAAAAAGAAUAUAGUUAUAAUUUGUUAGAUUUAUCAGAUGAUGUCUUACUUCAUAUUUUCAAGUAUCUUUCAUCGUUUGAUAUAAUGUCAUUGCACUUAUGCUGCUUUCGAUUAAGUGAACUAUGCUGUGAUAGAACUUUAUGGAAAUCGUUGGAUCUACGUGCUCAGCAUUUAUCUUUAGAAGAAUUAGAAAAAUAUGUUAGAUUUAUGCAACCGGUUACAAAGUUAUUGGCGAUUCGAGGGAACAAAAGAAAAAAUGAGUUUCCAGAAUUGCAUCCAAGUUUCUUAAAUACUGUUGCUCUAAAAUGUGAACAGCUACAAGAUUUUAUUUUAGAAGAUUACAGUAUUUCACAAGAAAAAAUUCAAAUCACAAAUUUUCCUAAAACAUUAAAAAAAUUAUCGUUAAAGGGAUGUCAAAUUUUUAAAGGACACCUUAUGCAAAUGAAUAAAUCUUACCUUAGUAAGAUUGAUAUUCACAUGCCUAAUUUAACAUGCUUAAUACUUACAAAUUGCAACUGGCUGAAUUCACAUUCGUUUAUGGCUAUUAGUAAAAUACCCAAACUGAAAGAAGUAAGGCUAAAUUCUUGUUAUGGAUUAAGCGAAGAUAUAGCAUAUGCGAGUCUAGCAUGUAGAUAUGGGUUAAAAUCAUUGGAGGUGUUAGAUUUAAAAGAUACCUUCGUUGGAGAUAGUGUAAUAAGCAGCUUUAGUCACACAUCCACAUUAACCGAUAUAUAUUUGGAGUGUCCCAACUCAGAAGCAGUACAGCAUCAACCAGACGAACAUCCUCAACAACGAGAAGUGCUGUAUGUUCAGUUACAAAGAGGACCAGAAGUAGUUUAUCAAAAUAAUCAUGUAAAUGUUGAGCUUAUUAACGAAAACGAUCUCCAUCAUUUAAUUGUAAAUCUUGUAAAUAAUGCAGACAGAUGUCAAAUUUCAGAUAGGUCUAUAUGUGCUUUAGGUUUACGUAAUAAUGAAAAUAAUCAAGAAAUCAUACAUAAUCGCGACGAGGUGCAACUAGUCCAAGGAAGACCACGCACUUCAACAAAUCCAAAUUUAAAAAAAUUAAUCGUAAGAAACUAUACAGGAGUAACGAAUCAAACUUUGCUUCAUUUUGUUGUAAAUGGUCCAAAUUUAGAGUACCUUGAUGUGACAGGUACUUCUGUCACAAAAGAAGGUUUGCAAUAUUUUAAAAUACAACGGCCUGAUGUGAAUCUCGUUUCAUCCUUUGAUGAAAUUUAAUAAACGAUUUGUAAAUACGAUUAUAAUAUUGAAAAUCCACCAUGUAAGAUUGACACUGAUGUAUGUUUUAUAUAAGUGUUUAUAUCUUAAAAGUUUCGAUAUUUUAUAGGUAAUAGUACAAUAAACUGCUUUAAUAAUGAGUAAAGUAGAAACGUAAUUUACGUAAUCUACGUAUAAUUUAAUAUAAAGAAAAUUUUUCCAUAAAAUUUUAAGA